GGUUUCACUUCAGCGCGCACACCCGACCGGAAGUUGUGAACCAUGCGGACUGUGGACUUUUAAACGAUCAACAAGACGGAAUUAAAUAGUUGGAGAUUGUGAACAGCAGACCUGGUACUCGCUGUAAAUUGUCCCGUAUGUUUUUAUAACAACGGCAGGCAAGAUGUCUUUUAAUUCAGUUAGAAAAAGAGAUUUGUACCCGGUGAACAAGUUAAUGGAGAAGACACUGGCAAUGGAUCUUUUCUUCACGGACCUGAACUCGUACGCGACGUGCCUCAUCUGCAGGCAUAAAGUGUUGUUCAGGGAGUUUAAUAUGAGGCGGCAUUAUAAGGCUAGACACUCGGAGGAAUAUGAUAAAUACCAGGGAGCGGAGAGGAAGAAAGUGUCCGAUAAGCUUAAUGCUGCAUUCAACCUCAUCGGAGAGGAUCCAGCCGACCCUGAUGUGAGAAGCGAGUCGAAACUGGAGCAGAAAUCACCAGACAUGCCGAGUCUAAAGCUGAUAUCUGCGACCGACACACAAUACUCAGAAGCUGUGCUGAAGUCCAUGAACGAGCAGCGAAACCAUGGAUUAUUUUGCGAUGUCACCAUUAUCAUACAGGACAAGAAAUUCCGAGCCCACAAAACAAUCCUGUCUGCCUCCAGUACGUACUUCCACCAGCUCUUCAGCGUUGCCGGACAAGUGAUUGAGUUAAACUUCAUCAAAGCUGAAAUCUUUGAGGAGAUUCUCAAUUAUAUUUACACCUCCAAGAUUAUACGUGUCCGCUCUGACAUGCUUGAGGAGCUCAUAAACGCCGGACAGAUACUGGGAGUCAAGUUCAUUGCAAACUUGGGGUCGCCAUUAUCACAAGUGAAGGGCUUGCCUGGUUUGUCUAAGGACACUGGGAGCAAAAGUGACGCAUCUACAGAGAUGAUGCCGAUAAUCACAGAGUCAUUCUCGAUAUCUGCGGAGGAAUUUAAUCAGACGAGCAAACCGGCAGGUAAUGACGAGGACUCAGACAGUGAUGUUAUGUUUGUCUCACAAACAGACGCUCAGACCAGUGCAACCAAUCAGAAAGCCAGCUCUGGUGAGGUAAUUGAUGUGGAUUCAGUUGAUUCAGAAGUUGAAGCGUCAAAGCAAAAUAAAGAAUCAAAUCAAGCCGUUGCAAAAACGGUAGAGAAAACUGGAGAGAAAGCCCGAACCCCAGUGAGAACAAAUGCUACAAAGCCUCCCAGCGCCAGUUGUCCAACCCCCAGUUUGCCCAACAACAGCCCUCUGCGCAGUCCAGACAGCAGCUCCAACAACUCGUCUUCACCCGCCAGAGUUUCCUCAGGAAGUACUCCCGCUGCUCCAGCCAAGGCAAGCAGUGUGACCCCCGAGCCCUCGAGUGCAUCUCAGCCCUCUGAGAACAGCGAUAUAAUGGGUGUCCACAAGAAGCAGGUUUCCACUUCAUCUCAGCAGGGGGAUUUUAAAAUAAUGCUCUUGGACGUGUCUGCCAAUCAAAAAAACAUUCCCAAAUCAACCGUGGCAGCAAAAAAGACAGUGACACUCAACACAGCCACGGAGAUCGACUCUAUUUCAUCAGGCUGUAAAGUUUAUGCCAACAUUGGAGAAGAUACUUAUGACAUUGUCCCAGUGAAGGAAGAUCCAGGCGAAGGAGGCUCUAAAGCCACUAAAGGGAAGCGGUCACUAAUGGCAACGCCUUUAAAGCCCCUGGAUAAAUCACCCCCGUCCCAGAAAGGCAGCCCAAACAAGAAAAGGACCAAAACAGAGCUGGAGGAUCACUACGAGCUCAUCAUGGACGGGAAAACUUUCUACGUUUGCAUCGUCUGCAAGCGGCCCUACGUCUGCCUGACGAGCCUCCGCCGCCACUUCAACACCCACUCGUGGGAAAAGAAAUACCCUUGUCGCUACUGUAACAAGGUCUUUGCUCUGGCCGAGUACAGAACUAAACACGAGAUCCACCACACGGGAGAGAGGAGGUACCAGUGCUUGGUGUGCAAUCAGAUGUUCAUGAACUACCAGGUGCUGUCCACCCACUGCAAGCAAGCCCACAACCAGGAUCCCAGCGGGAGGAAGGAGAAGGAUGACACCGACAACAACCUGUACCGACUUCUGCCGUGCAAAACGGUGCAGAUGAAGUCGUACUCGUGGACUAGUGACGGGCCAGGGGUCCCCGUCAUAUCCGAGGACGGCAGCGUGCAUCACAUAACCACCACCGCUGGCGAAGACGUCCACUCCUCCACCCAGACCAGGAUGUUGAACUGGGACGACAUCUUUGUCGAGCCCGAUGCCCACAUGACGCCCGAGGCUCACCCCAGACCAGAAACAGCCGUGAACACUCCUCCACAGGGAGCCACAGAGUUUGACUUCGUUAUACCAGAGACAUACUGAGCAAACGCUUGCUGCUCCAUUACCUGUGCCUUUUCAGGUGCCCCCAACUUUUUUUUCUUCUUUUCGGUUCCAUGUCAAUAAUAUUCUUCUGUAACUCUUGAUAGUGUCAGCAGGAGGUUCAGUCACAUUAUACUUGCAGGUAAACAAGAUUUUUGGUGUAAUUACGUGCUAAGGAUUGUGUUGAUGCAUGCUAGAAUAAUAUCAGAGCCACGUGGUUAAAGUUGAUCAAGGGGGAACCGAUAUUGUACCAAAACAGGAAACGAACGCUUGAAUUUGUCAGCCGCGCCGACUUCAAUUGAAGUGAAGCGAGGACAGAGCGAAUAGUUUAAUGUGGCCGUACCUUCACUCAUGUAACUCUGCUUGAUCAAUAGCCUUGAUCUUUAGUAUCAUUAGAAUAAAUGAUAAAUUACAGAAUUAGUUCACAUGCCGUAAAAUCAUAAAGAAAACAUCAAUUUAUAUGGAUGAUUUAGUUCCAUACAAGAAACAUCAGCUGCCCCACAAUAAGAAGCAGAGGACGGGAUGUCAAGGUAAUAAAUCAAGAGCUGUAACAAAAGGGCGAAAAUAAAUCAUGUAUGUUCAGCAUCAUGUCCGAACUUAAUGACAGCGUCAGGACAGAAUCAAUAAAAUUGUUUUCUACUGCGAUUUCCUAACUGGUCUGAAGAGACUCUGCAGCGCGGCGUGGUGCGUCACUCUGAGCUCACUCAGGCGCCCGGUUUCUAUUUACACCGUUCACUUAGGUUAAAAGUCACAUAAGCAAAAAACACACACACCACAUCCUGACUGGUGGCAACGUUAACACACUCACAUCAGAUGGUUGAGUGAACAUGAUCUACAACAUACAUGAUCACUGUAAACCUGUGUGACAUCAAAAACAUAAGUAGAAGAGGGCGAUGACUGGGUGCUGAGUGUAAUACAAUGUAGAGAAAACGUAUAGAAAACCAUCGGAAGUCCAGGCACUCCAAGUAACAAGAAUCCUAUCAAGCAUUGUAGGAAAUAUUAAAAUGUAUUUCCAAUAUAUUCUAUUUGUUUCCUUCCUCAUUUGGUACCUUCUCUUUUUAUCUGGAGUGCCAGGAUGGAAUAAAAAAAAGUUUGUCAAUCCAGCUGCCGAAACAGUUAAAACGUAAGUAAAUUACAUUGCUGGUUAUGAAUUAAUAGAUAACUUGGACCUUCAUCUGCAGCGGGAAGAAUCACAAGUGCCACCAGAAAGAAACCGCGAGACGUCAGCUGUAGUUUAUCUAACUCAGCCCAUCAAGGAAGACGACCGUUCAGUUCUCGCUCGUCUUUUACUCACUUGGUUCUGUGUCCGUUCAGCUCUCGACUGCAGCUCGACUACAGCUGACAGGUGCUUGUUUUGUUUUGUUUACAUGACACAAGUGCAUUUUUUAAAAAGCAUUCAGUGCGGACAGACGUGUCGGAUGUUAAGCGUUAGUCGGAUGCUCGCUUGCUGUCAGGACGCGGUUCCUUUUGGGUUUUCAGACAAAUGAUCAGAGACCCAAAGUAUUUACAUGAGUCAUGAGAAGGAUGUCUUUGUUGUUUCAGCUGUGUUUUUUAACCUUUAGACCAUGUUGUCUAAAUCUAUUGAUGACAUCAUGAUGCCCACUGAAUUCAGUUCAUAAAAAUGGAAACAGGGUUACCUGUUUCAGAGCCAGGAUGGUGUCCCAUAUCCACAUAAAACAAGGUCGCCCUUAUUUUUAACUCCUUCCAUCAACGGAUGCGUCGCUCAUGAAUCUCACGUCUGUUUUUAAGGAUCAGACAUUUUAACUCCAGUAAAAAUCUGGACUGAUUAUUCCACUCAUUCCAUUUGAGACGAUUUUAAAAACCCACUUCUGUAAAUGCUCAUGCUGAUCUGAGAUAUAUAUAUUUUAAUGUGAUUGUUGGUGAUUCCCACAUGUGGGCGUUGUGGCAGGGAAGACACAGAAAGGUUAUUUAAUUUGUCUGCUUGGAGAAACAGCUGUGUUUCUAUGUGUUUGGUCCCACUGAACACUUUCUGUUUUAUUUCAAUGCACCUGUAUAUUUUUUAUUUCCUUUGGUUGCCAUUUGUGAUAUUAAAAUUCUAUUUUUAAUGCAAAAUCCGCUGGCGUCAUCAGCAAGAGGUCCUGAAUACAAAUGAGAUGAUAAGAUUGAUAUGAACAGAGGAUUAUUUCAGUCACAAAGCACUUAGUGUUGCAUCUUUUUUUUUUUUUUUUUACUGGUUUUCAUUUUGUCAGAACUGUAGUAAUUGGUCAGUAUGAGUGAAAAAGGUAGUGCUAACAUGGAAACCUAUUGUCAUUCAAUAAAAUCAUGCAGGUUUUUGUUUUUAAUUAACAGAUUAACAUCGGUGUGUGAUGUACAGUGUAUAUUUGUCUUAAUUCCCCCUUUUUUGUACUGUAUCAGAUGUAUUUAUUAGGUUUAUAGCAGUAGACAAAAAUGAAAUAGUUAUUAAAUCCUGUCAGCAUUGUACAAAAUGUCCCUUUUCUGUCAGUUAGCAAUGAGGGUUCCCAGAUUGUAAAUAAAUUAUUCUUUUACAAUUUUAAUGUAAUUGUCUUGUACUACCAGCAUGUAAACAUCUGAUUUUUCCAGCAUCUAAAAGCGAGCAAAUCAUAGAAACAUCAUUUGUUCAAAUUAUUUAUU